GUAAUCAGUUUCAAAGUUUUUGUCUGUUCACACGUUGGUGAGAGUGACUGAUGGGAGGGUCUUUCUCUCGAUCUUUAAAAGCACAUCUUAUGGAGAAAGCCAGGUUUUGUAGUGUAAAACACUUCUCAGGUUCAGCUGAUUAGUUUUUGAGCAUCUUGACUGCUUCUUUUAAACAUUUCUGCUGCUAAACAAAACCCGAAGCCAAUGGAGGAUCAAGCCCCUAAUCAACAAGGAGUGGCUCGUGCCACAGGGAACGGAGAGCGUCGCUUCAACAUGAAUCAUUACGCUACUAAGAAGAGUGCAGCGCAGAGCAUGUUGGAUGUGGCUCUUCUGAUGGCCAACUCCUCUCAGCUGAAGACAGUGCUGCAUUCAGGACCUCAGCACCGCUUCUACGCCCCUCUUAUUGCGCUCAUAUCACUGUCCAUCUCACUGCAGGUCAUUGUUGGCCUCCUACUCAUCUUCAUUGUGAAGUAUGACCUGAAUGAUGUUAAGAAACAGCCGAGGCUGAACACAAUGAAUAAUAUGGCCACUGUUUUUGUGUUCUUUACUGUUCUUAUCAACGUCAUCAUCACAGUGUUGGGAUUUGAGACUGGAGGAAACAGCAUCUGAUACUGCACUCCCUUCAAAUACACAAGGAUUGCUCACAUGUGAUUGUAUUUACAUUUUUUUUUUUAAUUUACUGUACAUUUGCCUGAGUUGCCUCCAUUUACUGUAAUCAAAAUCUAACCUAAUCUUUUUUUUCUGCCAUUCUGCAUUGUUUAAAAAAAAAACAAAAAAAAAAAAAAAAAACAAAUCUGGAUACCUUCAUUUAACAAAGCACUAAUGUCUGAGCAAAUGUGUAAUUUGAUGUUUUGUGACGAAUUGAAUUUUCUAAUAUGAAUUUCUAAUUCACUUAAUUGACAGCAGUCAAGAAAUAAAAACCAUGAAAGAAACCAUCAAGAAAGUUAGUCAUGUAAUAUUUAUGUCCCUCUCAUUUUUAAACUACUGCUGA